AUGUCCCGAAGACAUCCCUUACGAGAUGUCCGAAACCGUCCGAAAGAAGAUGUCUUCAGGAUAUCCUAUAAAGACAUGGGGACAAGUCCUCCAGUUAGGGACAUCCCUGGGAUAUCCCUGUGCUGUAUAACUAGCCCUGCGGAGUCACAUCAUAAGAAGAAACAAGAGCAUCAUGGCCACGCUCGCUACAUCCUGGUAUAUCCUGAGCCAAGAGCCCGGUACCGGAAUUGCAUUGGGAGCAAGAUGAAGGCAGCCUGGCGGGGCCCCUUUGGCAGCAAUCAACCUGCAUUUGGUCAGAGUGGUAGUACCUUCGCUAACAAACCAACUGGUUUUGCCAGCCCUUUUGGGUCUGCAACUGGAACUUCCAUAUUUGGUGGAGGAUCUUCCACGCAGCCUCCAGGAGGACUGUUUGGCAGCAAUGCAACUGCGCCAGCAUUUGGUCAAACCACUACUUCUACUGGGACUGGAUUUGGAGGAACUUCAUUAUUUGGAACCCAAAAUAAGCCAGCAUUUGGGAGUACCUUUGGAACAUCAGCUCCAUCUGGAGGAAUCUUUGGCCAACCCCAGCAACAGCCAUCUUUGUUUGGUCAAAAUAUGCAGUCUGCAAGCCUUUUUGGGGCCAGUACAGCCUUUGGAGGUGCUGCUGGCCUGACUGGAACCACAAUUAAGUUUAACCCCCCCACUGGAACUGAUACAAUGAUGAAAAAUGGUGUUUCAACCCAAAUUAGCACUCGUCACCAAUGCAUUACAUGUAUGAAGGAGUAUGAGAACAAAUCUCUGGAGGAGCUGCGAGGAGAGGAUUAUAGUGCUGGUAGGAAAGGGAGUACAAGUGCUCCAUCUCUUGGAUUUUCUGGGACAACUUCUCUCUUUGGUUCAUCAACACCAGCAGGAAUGUUUGGCCAACAACAACAACAAGCAAAGCCAGCCUUUGGACCCACUGGUGCUUUUGGGACAGCCACAACAGCCCCCAGCUUGUUUGGACAACAACAACCACAACAGCAAACUACAAGCUUCUUUGGACAGUCAACACCAGCCUUUGGGCCAUCAACUACCUCCACUGGCUUCACCUUUGGAAAUCAGAAUACAACAAGCUUGUUUGGACAGAGCAAGUUUGGAGCUACAACUCAACCAUCAUUGUUUGGUGGGACAUCACAGCCAAGUGUAUUUGGAGGUACUGGCUCUACAUUUGGGACCCAGCAACAACAGCAACCAAUAAACCUGGAAGAGAAGAAGAAUCAUGAAAACAGGUCCUUGUUUGGAUUUGGAACCUCUGGAAAUACUGGAGGGACCUGGUUUGGAAAUACUGCCAAUAAGACAACUGCAUUUGGAACAGGAUCAACUUUUGGCACUGGGACUUUUGGAAGUGGGACCAGUGGAGGUUUCUUUGGUUCUCCAGGGACAGGUUUCCCUACUGGCUCCACUGCUGCACCAUUUGGGAGUACAACUGGGCAACUGCAAGGGAAUAGUCAGUCAAAAGAACUUCUCCAGCAACAGAUUCUUUCUUUGGCUGUCAACCCCUUUGGUGACAGUCCUCUCUUCAGGAACAUUCUCAAGGACACAGGCAAGAGAGAUGAGUUGUUAAAACCAACCAAUCCUGCAGCUCAGCAGGCAUUCACAGGGAGUCCUUCUUACAAGAUUGGCACACAAUCUUCACCUGUUGUGCGGCCAAAGCCCAUGACCCACUCUGUGAAUGGAAAGGUAUCCCUCUUUGAUGACAUUGAAGAUGAACGGGCAAAUUUUGGCCAGGCUAUGUUUGUUCCACGACAAAAUAUAAAGAAGUUGGUAAUCAAGCCACAGCCAUCCCAGUCAAGUUCUACUUCUUCAACAAGGGAAAAAUUCCCUGUUGCGGCAUCUCCUUCACGUUCUCAGAAACUUCUCACUGUCCCCAUUUCUGACUCUUCUGAUAUGCUAUCACCAGACAACUCCAUCUGUGUCCCAACUGUGGAUUCAACACUAGACACUCCAGCAACAGUAGUCAGUCGAAGGUCAAGUGGAGGAGAUGAAGUAUUGGAGAAUACAGUGUCAGAGUACAAUGCUCGCAGACCAGACCUGCAGAGGACAGAAGCAGACAUUACUUUAGAUGAAUCCCAGCAGUCAGUCAAUGAGCUUCAAGAAGAUGAUGAGAAUAUUCAACCCCAUCCAGCUGGUAUCACCUUAAGAAGACCAGGCUAUUAUACCAUUCCAAGUCUUGAAGAGCUUGCUUCCUCAGUUGAUUCUACUGGAAAGUGCAUUGUCAGUGGUUUCACGAUUGGUCGUGAAGGAUUUGGUUCCAUAACCUUUGAUGCCACUUUUGAUGUUGCCAACCUCAACCUUGAUGAGAUUGUUCAUAUUCGGAGAAAGCAAGUCAUUGUAUAUCCAUAUGAGGAGAAGAAAGCUCCAAUUGGAGAAGGCCUUAAUCGAAAAGCAGAGAUCACUCUGGACAAGGUGUGGCCAGCAGACAAGACCACACGUGAGCCAAUUGCAUCACCAGAGCGACUCCAGGUCUUGCAUUAUGCUGAGAAAGUUGAAGCAGCUACUCACAGAUUGGGAGCUCGAUUUAUUGACUAUCGACCAGAGACAGGCUCUUGGGUUUUUGAAGUUCAGCAUUUUUCCAAGUAUGGAUUGGAGGAAGAAGAUGAGGAAGUGGAAGAACCAAUUCAGCAGCCGCGAAGAGAACAAAUGGGUGCCACUGGCAUACAACAUACUCCUCCCCCUCCUCCUCCUCCAAACUCUCAAAUGCAGACAAAGAUACCACCUUUGAAAAUACCUAAGUCAACACAACAGGCUAAUGGUCAUGUACAUGUGAUGAAUGGACACAGGGACAUGGCACCUCUUUCCUUUGUGGAGAAAGGUGCUAAUGUGCUACAAGACUCUGAAGAAGAUGAAAUUAUGGAUGAUCCUGAUUGCCUUCAAGAUACAGCAACAGCCAUACUGUCACCACCUUCACACAAGUUUGCUGCUCGUAUUGGAGCAAUUCCAGAUCGUGUCCAAGCCAUGAAGGCAAGUUUCUUCUGUCAUGAGGGUGAGGAAGAUGAUCUUCAAAUCAGAGGAUUUUCACCUCUGGGGCAUCCUGGUAUGGGAAAGCCUUUUGCCAGAGAUUUACUAACACUACCUACCAGAAGACUGAAGAAGCCUUCUUCUGUCUCUUCUUCUCAUGAUGAUGAGAGGAGCACAUCAUUUGGGAGUGACAUUGAGGAAGAUGAAGAAGACAGUGAAGAUAAACAUUUAUUCUCCUUCAAUCCUCCUCAGAUUCAGAUUGAAGAAGAGAAGAAAAGUGGCAGUGAUGAAGAGGAAGAAGGGGACUCAAAAUUUAAACCAGACUUCAAUUUUUCUGCAGGGGAGAAGACUGCCUUGAAGUCUCCCUUCAUCUUUUCAGCCCCUUUUCAACCAUCACCUCUUCCUUCUGGGACUCUUUUCAAGGAAGCAAUAGUGCCCCCUCAUAUCUCUGUAUCAGGGGCAAAGAGUAAGAGAAUACAACAGAAGCCAAUGUCCUCAGGGGCUGUUGUCAGCUCCAUGCCAUACUCGGUUCUUGUCCAGAAGCUCAUGUUACCUCAUGGUGAUGAAGAACCAACCAGUAAAGCAAUUCACAGUCGCAUGCUGGAGGUCCAGCUGCUCCAUACUACCAUCAGCAAUCAACAUGGUUCACCUUCAGCUUGCCCUAUGCAAGGAGCAGAUAUCCUUCAUGCUCUACAGGAAGUCCUGAAAGAUCUAAUUGAAUCUGCAAAAGUGGAUUUGGACAGAGAAGUGUUACUGGCUUUGAAAGUGGAAAUGGAGAUCUGGAGACUUUGUGUGGCUCUUUGGGGGAAAAGUGAUAUCUUUGGAUGGAAUGAGAGGAAAGGAAGCCAUGCCAAUGAAAUGGCAAGGAGAGAGGCUGUGAGCCAAUGGUUGAAGGAGGUUAAUAAAAAUGCAUCUGCAACAGCUUUGCAAAAGAUUGGAAAAGAUAUGCCCACUCAAAUGAGAGCUCUCAGAGAGUUUUUAGUGCAUCUUUGUAACAAUGACUCUGUCGAAGCUUUCAAGGCUGCCAAGCAAGCAGGAGUGCCAGAAUUGGGGAAGUUGAUGGGAAGGAAUGGGAUGGAUGGAAGUGUUAGAGAUGCUGCCCUUCAUCAGUUGAGUUUGUGGCUCAACAAUAGAAGAGAUACAGAUGUGACAUUAGUUCAGGUCCAUUCUCUCAUGGCUGGAAUUCCUACCUGGGUUACUUCUUCUCAACAAGUUAUGAAUGUAUGUGAUGGGCUCACAUGGAGACAAUGUUUUUCCCUCCAUCUCUGGUAUAUGAAUCCAGGAGGAACUCUGCCUGAGACUGUGAAAAUGUUUGAUGAUGGGUAUUCAGGAAGGAGCCGCCAUGGCAUCUACAUGGAACCUCCAUACCCUCAUUAUCAUGAUGAAAUUGGGAGGGAGAUAUUUGAUAUGGCAUAUCACCUUCUCAAACUGUAUGCUGACAAAUCUCAUCGUUUGGAACUGCUCCUUGACCCCAAUACUCUUUAUCCAAAUCUGCUUGAUCACAGAAUGAGUUGGCUGUUGUGGGCUGCUCUGGAAAGCCAAGGCUAUCAUCAUCUUUCAGAGACAAGCACGUAUAAUCUGAUUGUUUCAUAUGCAAAUGAGCUAGAGACUUUGGGCCUGUGGGAGUGGGCUGUGUUCAUCCUCAUGCAUAUCCCUCAUACUGGCCGGAGAAAGCAAGUCAUUCAGCAGCUCCUUGAUAGGAAUGUGAGCAUUGAAGACACUAAUGAAGAUGCCCAUCGGGAAGGCUUCCUGAUUUCCCAACUUCAAAUCCCAAGAGACUGGGUAUAUGCUGCAAAGGCUUGCAAAGCUCAUGCACUCCAGAGGUGGAAAGAGGAAGCUGUCUACCUGCUACAAGGAGGUCAGUUGAACCGAAGUCAUGAGCUUAUUGUGCAUCACAUAGCACCAAAAGCCAUCCUUGAAGGUGAUGAAGCAGGACUGAAGGCUUUACUCACUGAGUUGCGUGAUCAUGAGAAAGCAAGAGAAAUCUCAGAUUGGGACAUUGGUGGUCAGCUCAUUCUUGAUUUCAUCAACUUGACACAUGAGCUUCAGGAUGCUCUUGUAGUGACUAGCCCAGGGAAAGUGAAGGAAUUGCAACCUGUGCUAACAUCUGUCUCAGCUCGACUCUUGCGAUUUCCUCCCAUCUCUCCAUUGAACAGGGAGUGCAAAGCUAGGAUGGCAUCAGUGCUGACAGGUCUAGUCCAGGAUGUUUUAGCUUCAGAGAAUCCCAGAACAUCUCAUUCAGCAUAUUCUCCUUUCUCUUUGAGUCAAGAAUUUCCCCAGACAGCAGAAGACCAUACCGGUUCUGGCUUCCUCCUACAGCUCAAUUCCCAGUUGAUGAUGUGUGACUCAGAAGCUGUCAGCUAACAUUUCCUUUUCUCCAAUCCUUUUUCCCUGUUUUUUCUGCUGCCACCAUUUCAUGCAGAGUGCUUCCCAAAA